ACUUGUUGUCACUUUACUACCAUGUGUUUUUUAACCCACAUACACUUUUAAAAUCCCAGUUUGUCUGAUAAAAUGCAGUGUUUCUUUCAGGAUGCAGUAGAAGGCUUUAUCGGCAUGGAGAACUGAGUCACCCAAACAGGACCGAAGCAGAACUGGGAAACAACUGCAGAAUCUGAGGCCAUGUUAAACCUAGGAAGAUUCACAUUCAUGGUUAACUCAUGCUGGCAGAAUUUGAGCUUCUGUAGACUUACUGCAAAUUUUAUCUAGGAAAUCUUAUCUAGCACAACUCACAGCUUCACCUUAGAUACCUUCAGAAAUUUAGAAUUAAGAACAGACUUUAUAUAUUUUCCCAUCUUUCCCUUUUUUACCUUUUUCUUUCUUCCUCAUAUCCCUCCUUUAGGGUUAUUAGGUGUUUCCUCCUGGUAAGUAACCUCACGUCUUUCAGACUGUGGGAUGAGAAGGUGACUAGCUGAGGGCCAUGCAUUUUGGGACCGUAUGAUUCCUCUGGGACAGCAAGCAGGCUGAUCUCAAGUGGUUGGUUACAAAAUGGAAGGUUCCACGCUGGCAGCUGGUUUGAAAGAAGUUUCAUAAAUUUUACUGUAGGCUAGAGACAUAUUCCAGUGAAGGGUAAAGAUCAGCUCUUAAUGCUUUGUGAGACAGAUUCUGAAUUUAUUACAAGUCUUAUUUGAAGGCUGGAGCAUAGUUGUGCUGCUGCAGAAACACAUUUUUCUUUCCUUCUUGUUCCAGGGAGGAUUAAUCUGCUAAUGCCCUUUAGCUUUCCUCCAAGCUUCAGUUUAACUGUGUAGGCAACUGCACGGGAGGAGUUCAGCCAAGGUUCUUACCAUUUUAACCACUCCUUCCUGAAAUUUUGUCUCUUCUUCCUAUUUCUGUGCAUAGGAAGAGGAAUAAAAACUGUUCAUUCUCUCUUAAUGUCAUACAUGUAUAGUUAUGAAAAUCUUUUCAAUCUUCUUACCUCUCCAAGACUGUACUGUUGAUCACAACCCGCAUCUUUUUAAGAGAGCAUCAACUGAUGCACUAGUGAAAUUCUAAUAACUCUUAUAUUGGACAACUAUAAUGUGCCAUGCAGUACUUUAGAACAAAUUAAAAAUUUUAUUUUACUUUUUAUUGAAGAACCAAAGCUGUUAAAAAUUUGACAGGCAGUUGAAUGUGCUCCUCAGGAAGAGGCCGGGUACAGGUUCUUCAUGCCCUUUUCCUAUUAAUUUUGAAAGAAAAUACUGGAUUAGAAAAAUGGAUUAAAAUUUGGAUUUAAAGCUGUAUUAGCCCCCCCUCUCCCAACUGCUUUCAAAUCUCCUUGUAGCAAAAGCUAUUUCCAGUGUAUUCCAACUUCAGACAGGGAUGGAGAUGAGCCAUGGUAUUGAGACAAAUUUGGAACAUUGUCUGGCUGUACCAGUGUAUUCUGACCACCCUUUAGACAGUCUGUCUCCCAGCGGUACGUUAGAAGCUGAAGUUUCAUUUAUUCAGCCAGAUCACAAUUUAAAUUCUCUAAUGUGCAUGAGGAGUUGAAAAUCUGUUGGAUGUUUAUGAACUUUCCAAAUAAACUUUCCAAAUAAUUUGCUUUUUGGUUAAAAUGUCAGAUCCAGUUUUUGUAAGAUACAAAAAUAGUGGAUCUGAGUGUAUGAAAACUGUAAAUGCCUGCUAUAAUGGCUUUAACUAAGUUUCUGUGGACUACAUUUAAUCUUCUUUUUCAGGACAGUCCCUUGCACUUUGACAUUUUUCAGGGGUUAAAAUCAUUGUAUUUGAAUGAUUGUUCCACUCUCAGUAUUUCUGUUCCUAAGGAUAGGCUACCACUGGGACCAAGAGACUGCUAUUGUCCUCCCAGUAAACAAUUUUUAGGGUAACACAAAGUAUUACUUUAAUAUUUUUUCAGUUUUUUAUUUAGAAUUUGCUUUUAGGACAUAUUCUAAAAUUGCCUCCACAGCCAGUUCUAGUGCACCACCACCACCCCAAUGUAAAUGCCUUCAUUUUAAUGGUAAAAACCUUUGUAAAAAGAUGAAAACAUCAAUGAAUACUUGUUUUUCUUUCAAGUAGCCCAGACUGCUCGAUACCAAAUAUGUACCAAUGCUCAAAAAUAGCAUAUAAGAAAAUCCGUCACAGUUUUAUCACAAUGAAAAUAUAUAUGUUUGGUGUGUCAUGUAAAGGUGAUAAGCAGUAAUUACUCUCAGGAUACACGCAGUAGUAUAUAAAAUCUACUGUGCAAUUGAAAUGUCGUUUAUUAAGUCCAGGCAUCAAAGGAGUGAUGUGUUGGCUGCUCUUAGUGCUGCAGACAUUCCCAAAUAGUUAGCUCAGGACUUCAUAGCGUACAAUUCUUUCCACAGAAAUCUGAAACCCGUCAAAACGUUUGCAUUUCUUCAAGUAAAAGAUGAACUGCUUUAGGGUAACUUCACUGAUUUGUCUUAAUAUUUUUUUAAGUUUAGGAGAGACUGUCAUAAGUAACGUCAAGCCUUGUUCAUCUAAGGGCACAAGGAAUGUUGGAGCUGUGGAGGAACCACUCAAGGCAGAAGAGAAAAAUAAAUCUGCAGAUAUUUCAAAACAAAAAGAACAAUGCCUUGUACCAUGUGAUGUUCAAGCUAGAAUUUUACGAGGGGAAAAACAUUACAUGUGCAGAAAUUUGCAGAACUCUCUUGUUGAAUAUGCAAGAAGUACAAAAAAACUGGUAAGAAACAUGAUGGAUGAUCAACAGUCUUCUUUGGAUUACCUUUCUAAUCAGGUAAAUGAACUCAUGAACAGACUACUUCUUUUGAACGCAGAAGUUUUGAGAAAGCAUUUGGAUCCACUUCCUUACAAAGCAGUUCAAUCUCAUGGGUUGGAUUGCACUGAUAUAAAAGAUACUGUUGGUUCAGUUUCAAAAACUCCAACUGGUCUGUACAUUAUCCAUCCAGAAGGAUCAAAUUAUCCUUUUGAGGUUUUGUGUGACAUGGAUUUUCAAGGAGGUGGAUGGACUGUGGUUCAGAAAAGAACUGAUGGAAUAAUUCCAUUUCAGAGAACAUGGUCUGAAUAUCUGGAUGGAUUUGGUGACCUUUCUGGGGAAUUUUGGCUUGGACUGAGGAAGAUUUUUCACAUAGUAAAUCAAAAAGCCACUAGUUUCAGUCUUUAUGUGGAUUUGGAAUCAGAAAAUGAUAAGCAUGCCUAUGCAUCAUAUGAUGGAUUUUGGAUAGGGGAUGAAGCCUGUUCUUUUAAGAUCCAUUUGGGGCAUUAUUCAGGAAACGCUGGUGAUGCAUUUAGAGGGUAUAGAAAAGAAGAUAACCAGAAUUCAAUGCCUUUCAGCACCUUUGAUGUUGAUAAUGAUGGAUGCAGGCCAGUGUGCACUAUUAAAGAACAGCCUGUAAAGAGCUGCAGUAACUUCAGUGAUAACACUGGAUGGUGGUUCAACCAGUGUGGCCUUGCAAAUCUUAAUGGUGUUCAUCGCUACACAGGUAGAUUUCUUGCAACUGGGAUUCACUGGGAUACAUGGACAAUGAACAAUAAACCAGUCAAAAUUAAAUCAGUUUCAAUGAAAAUUCGGAGAACCUAUAGUCCAUAUUUUCAUUAACCUAUGAAAAUAGAAAUAUAUCUUUUCUUGUAGUUAUGUGGGAUAAUGUAUUACUGCAUCAUAAAUACCUUUCAUUUUCACUUGAAUGGUUCAGUCUUAAAACUUUAUUAGAUAUUUCCAUAAUGCAGUUGCUCGUUUUUAUUAUGAAAUGUCAGCAUUUGUAGUGUUCCCGCUUGAGUAAGAAGGUCCUAAGAAGAAUACGGUUUUGAGUAAAUGGAUGAUACUUAGUGUUUGUCAGCUUUUAUUCAACUGCCUCUUAUGCAACCUCAAAGCCAGCAGAAAAAAUAUAAAAAGGAGUGUAAUGCUGACUUUUUAAUGUGUUUUUUGUAUGCUCUCCAUAUAUCUGAAUUGCGAAGAGAUUUCAGCAAAUUUUCUUUUAAGAAGCCAUAUAGCUGCCAUUUCCAUCAUUAUAUUUUGGAAAAAUACCUUUUCUUCAUCUUAGUUUAAUUUUCCAGAAUCAGUUCUUCUUUCUAUAUUCCUUAUCAGGCAAGAUAACACUGACUUCUUUCAACACGUGUAAGUUUCUGUAUACUCUCAGGGCCUGAUUUUUAUACAAGUAAGGUAGAUACUGACAGGCAAGAACUAUGGUCUAUUUUGUAUUUUAUUUUCACAGUCAAUGUGUUUCAUAGUCAGAUUUUUACUCUACCAUCGUCUAUUUCACAAUUCACUACAAAUGAACACUUUUUUUUUUUUUUCAAAUAAAAUGUCUAACAUUUCAUACAAACUUUGGAGUUUUAAGUUUUGUAUAUAUGGGCCUGAUCUUAUAUUUUUAAUUUGUAUUGGCAUUCACUUUGUGAACAAUCAUGUGGUAAUGAACAAAACCAAUUUGAGUUGUAUAAGUACUUUUUAAAUUAAGUAGUGUGAAUUGUUUGAAUUUCUGUCAGUAAAAAAUACAACAAUAUCAAUAAAAAUGCGAGUAUUAUCAGUACAGCAGUGUUUCU